UGGUGGACUCUGAGGAGAACCUUCGUGUGCCCACGGAGAAAAUGCAAGCUCCCUCUUUAUAUAACUGGAGUUCAGACUGGGGCUUUUGGAUCUCAAGCUCCACUUACAAAUACAGGAAUGAGGAAUUCAAGAGACAGUUCUCACAUAUUCCAGAUUUGGAAAGUCUUGUAGUAGAUUAUGCCUGUGCCCUCCAGAAGGAUAUCCUUCUUCAAGGACGGCUGUACCUUUCUGAAAACUGGCUCUGUUUCUACAGCAACAUCUUCCGAUGGGAGACUACAAUUUCUAUCGCCUUGAAGGACAUAACCUUCAUGACAAAAGAGAAGACUGCUCGGCUCAUUCCAAAUGCCAUCCAAAUUGCUACUGAAGGAGAGAAGUUUUUCUUCACUUCGUUCAGUGCCAGGGACAGAAGCUACCUCAUUAUCUUUCGAUUAUGGCAGAAUGCAUUGCUAGAGAAGAGGCUAACCAAGCAGGAAUUCUGGCAACUUGUACACCAGAGCUAUGGUUCUGAGCUGGGUUUGAACACAGAAGAGAUGGAAAACAUGUACUUGUCAUCUGAGGAGAAUGGACAGUUGAGAUCAAGCCUUUGUGAGGAAUUUGAGGAGAAGGACCCUCCUAAAACAACUGGUGUAAUUCAGGAACCGAUUGCUCAGAUACCUGAAGCUGAAACAGAGUCCCUUAAUGGAAAUAUAGUGAAAGAGAGGGAAGAAGCAGAGGAAUCUUCCAGUUUUACACGGGACAGGAGGAGUUCUUCGUUUCCUUCAGAAAGGAAGCCAGCUGAUGCAGGACAGCACAAAUGCUCAAUACAGCCACUAGAUCUAAAUGAGAAGAGCAGUGCCUCUGAAACUGAUGGGGAAGUUGAAGAAAGUAUCCCUGAGACUGAUCUCCAUGGAAAACUCUUUAUUAAUCGGGUUUUCCACAUUGGUGCAGAUAGGCUGUUUGAAAUGCUUUUCACCAAUUCUCAUUUCAUGCAGAGGUAUCUCAGUGCCAGAAAUAUAACAGAUAUGGUAUCAUCUCCUUGGAACAGAGACAGCGGUGGCAAUCAGCUGAGGACCAUGACAUACACUAUUGUGCUUAACAAUCCACUUGUUGGAAAAUUCACAACUGCAACUGAAAAGCAGGUCCUGCAUAAACGGAGCCACAAAGAUCAAUCGUAUCGAAUAGACACAGAGGUGGUGACUCAUGAUGUGCCUUACCAUGAUUACUUCUACACUGUGCAUAGUUACUGUAUUGCUCGUAUAUCCAGUCAUAAGUGCAGACUACGGAUUUAUUCUGAUGUGAAAUACAAGAAGCAACCAUGGGGGCUUGUCAAGAAUAUAAUAGAGAAGAAUACAUGGGGGGGUAUACAGGAAAAUUUUAAGCAACUUGAAUCAGAAUUGAUAAUGGAAGAAUAUGCAAUGAACAAAUCUAUAGAGGAUCCAGCAAAAAUAGGCGUCCUGAGGAGAAGGAGAUGGACCUUACAACGGAACGUGGGAGAGAUGCUUCCUAAAUGCUCUGAACAAUACUCUUCUAGAGAAAGAGCAGGACCAAAAAGAGAUGUAACAAACAAGACCAUCACCAUCAUAGUGAUCAUGAGUAUCUUUCUACUUCUGUUAGUUUUGCUGAAUGUGACAUUGUUCCUCAAACUGUCCAAGAUUGAACAUGCAGCUCAGUCUUUUUACCGUGUUCACCUUCAGGAACGAGGAUCUGCAAAUUUAGCCCUUCAUGUGGCAUCAAGACAGAAAAUUCCUCAGCGUGACACAGAUCAAGUCCAGCAUGUGAAAGGCGUGCUGAGGGACUCUAUAGCAUUGCUUGAAAAACUGAAAAGUUCCCUUUCUAUGCUCCAAAAAAGCUUUGAUCACCUAAACACAACCAAAAGCAGCAAGCCUGAAAGCUGAUGUCACCAAAACAAACUACUAAGGAUAUAGUGUAUUUGUAAUAAAAUGCUUAUUUUUCUUAUAUUUUUCUGUA